AUGUCCGAGACGCCCCGAGACGAAGAAUGUCCCGGGACAAGUAACAGCCAAACGAAAGAGAUGGCUGGACACGCCACCACACAGCCUCCAUACCACGACAAGAACAACAAUGAUACCCGGGCAGACAACACUCAAUGUGAAGCUGUCACGGAGAAUCAGGUCCUCGAACCACAUCAGUCAAACGAGCGCCCCAUCCACUCCGUAUUCCCUCUCCAGGAUCAAAUUCUUCGUCAUCCUCAUGACAGUCUUCAGCACCAUCUUCUCGCCCUUCUCAUCCUUCAUCUACCUGCCAGCCAUGAACCCCAUCGCCAAGUCAUAUCGCCGCUCCCUAGGCGAGAUCAACCUCGCCGUACCGUCUACCAAAUCAUGCAGGCCAUUGCACCACUGUUCUUUGGCCAUCUCCGCGACCAGAUCGGCCGACGGCCCGUCUAUGCGCUCAUCGCCAAUGGCGCUACGUGCUUUGCGAAGCACAGGGAGAAGCUCGGCAGUGGCAAUUGGCAGCGCUGUGGUUGCCGACCUGACUCCGCGCCCGGCGCGAGCAUCCUUGAGCUCAAGAAAUUGCCUCUCGGGAUCCCCGUCCCCGGCGCCGUUGCCGCCAUCCGCAUCAUCUUCGAAAAGGACGUGGGCCUCCUCAUGCUCUUCAUGUCUCUCUUUGUCAUGGCCAACUACGCCAUGCUGGUACCUCUUCAAGACGUUAGUCGCCGCCGACACAGCUUCAGCGAUGUCCUGGUCGGGCUGUGCUACAUUCUCUUGGCGAUGGGAUCCGUAUUUGGUGCCGUUACGAUAGGCAGGCUGCUCAACUGGAACUACGCCCGGGUGGCAAACGGCACAGGCGUGUCCGCCGACCGCAAGAGGGGCGACGACGUGAGACGGUUUCCCAUUGAGAGAGCGAGGCUGGAUCACAUGUCGUCGUGGACGAUGCUUGCUUUCUUUACGACAGCUAUAUGGGGCUGGGUUGUCAACUCGGGCGCCAACCUAGCCGCACCGCUGGUUAUUUUGCUCCUCGCGGGCAUGGGCCUCUCUGGGCCCAUCUCAAUCCUCACCAUCUUGUUGGUGGACUUGUACCCGAUGAACGCCGGGCGAGUUUCGUCUUCAUUCAACCUUACGAGGGGGGGUAUAAGUGCGGCGGGGACCGCCGUGGUACAGUACAUCAUCGAUGCCUGGGGUAUGGAUUUACAUAUCUGUUUCUGGCGUUGUCCGUAA